GGCUCUGGCGCUGGCUCCGGCUCUGCCCGCCCGCCCUCAGGCGGCUGCGCGGCGGCUGUAGCUGUAGCUUUGGCUGUGGCAGUGCCGUACAGUGCAGCUCGGGCAGCAGCAUGUUCAGCUGGUUGGGGAAACAGGGCGGCGGGCGGGAUCGCGCCGGCGGCAGCGACUUGGUGCAGACGGUAACCGGAGGGCUGCGGGAUCUCUACAUGCGCAAGCUGCUGCCGCUGGAGGAACACUACCGCUUCCAUGAAUUCCACUCGCCCGCCUUGGAGGAGGCCGAUUUCGAGAACAAGCCCAUGGUGCUGCUGGUGGGACAGUACAGCACCGGCAAGACCACUUUCAUCCGAUACCUGCUGGAACAAGACUUCCCAGGGAUGCGGAUUGGUCCAGAACCCACCACAGAUUCUUUUAUUGCUGUGAUGUACGGAGAUUCAGAAGGAAGCAUUCCUGGAAAUGCUCUAGUUGUUGAUCCUAAGAAGCCAUUCCGCAAGCUCAGCCGCUUUGGAAAUGCUUUUCUGAACAGGUUCAUGUGUUCUCAGUUACCUAACCAGGUUCUGAAGAGCAUCAGUAUCAUUGACAGCCCUGGCAUUCUCUCUGGAGAGAAGCAGCGCAUCAGCAGAGGCUAUGACUUCUGCCAAGUCCUGCAGUGGUUUGCCGAGAGAGUCGACCGCAUCAUCCUCCUUUUUGAUGCCCAUAAGCUGGAUAUCUCCGAUGAGUUCUCAGAGGCUAUUAAAUCAUUCCGGGGCCAGGAUGACAAGAUUCGAGUGGUGCUUAAUAAGGCUGACCAAGUGGACACACAGCAGCUGAUGAGAGUCUAUGGUGCACUCAUGUGGUCCCUGGGAAAGGUGAUCAACACUCCAGAGGUGCUGCGAGUCUACAUCGGCUCCUUCUGGGCUCAUCCUCUCCAAAACACUGAGAAUCGAAGACUCUUUGAAGCUGAGGCACAGGAUCUUUUCAGGGAUAUCCAGAGCCUCCCCCAGAAGGCUGCUGUGAGGAAGCUCAAUGACCUCAUUAAGAGGGCAAGACUUGCAAAGGUUCAUGCUUAUAUCAUCAGCCAUUUGAAAAAAGAAAUGCCUUCUGUAUUUGGAAGAGAGAACAAGAAGAAGGAACUAAUCAACAGAUUACCAGAGAUCUACACCCAGCUGCAAAGGGAAUACCAUAUCUCAGCAGGGGACUUCCCUGAAGUCAAGAAAAUGCAGGAGCUGUUGGAGACUUGUGACUUCACUAAAUUUCAUUCUUUGAAACCAAAGCUAAUUGAAGCUGUGGAUAACAUGCUGGCCAACAAAAUCGCUUCCCUGAUGAGCAUGAUCAGGCAGGAGGAGAGCAAUAUGCCCACGGAGAUGGUACAUGGUGGAGCAUUUGAUGGCACCAUGGCAGGACCUUUUGGCCAUGGAUAUGGAGAAGGUGCUAAGGAAGGAGCUGAUGAAGAUGAAUGGGUCGUUGCCAAAGAUAAGCCUGCUUAUGAUGAGAUUUUCUACACUCUGUCACCAAUCAAUGGCAAAAUAUCUGGUAUUAGUGCAAAGAAGGAGAUGGUAACUUCGAAGCUACCCAACAGUGUCUUGGGGAAGAUCUGGAAACUUUCAGACUGUGAUGGCGAUGGGAUGUUGGAUGAUGAGGAGUUUGCAUUAGCAAAACAUCUCAUCAAGAUUAAGCUGGAUGGGUAUGAACUGCCUGGCACGCUUCCUUCCCACCUGGUGCCACCAUCUCACAGGAAACCUUUGCAGACAGCAGAGUGAGAAACCCAAGGAGAAGAAGGAGGAUGUUGGAAACGUGUCAGCAAACGUGUUGAAAUCACCGAAGUUUGAAGUUAGGCUUAGAUCUUUAAACCUCACCACACAUUUCAUGCAAGCUACUUAAAGUAGAAGCAUUGGAGCAGGGAAAUAUUCAUGUAGCUGCCCCUGCUGACCUUCACUCAGACCUGCUUAUCACAAGUGCCUUCUUUAGAUCUAUCACAAGGUGAACAUGUUUUCCUAGUCCUGGUUCUGUCUUGCUGCCUUCGCAACCAUAAAGCAGAAGAGUGUAUAAAAAUCACACCAAACCUAAAUAUUUACCCAACUGUCCUAUUUAACCAUUUUCAAUAGUGCAAGGAAGCACUAAGUGUUUAGUUCACCUGCCUAUGCAAGGAACGUUUUCUUUGCUGAAUACAUACUUGAGGUAUCAAAUGAAUGUCAGGAUCUCUAUAGUUUAAGAAAAGGCUGAUGUCAAAGGAAAAUCUAUUUUUGUUCUUUUAAUUAUUUAAUAGGGGGUUAGAAAAAGAGAGAAGAGUAAUGGGGAGAGGCUUUUAAGUGCUCAGUGUUUCAAAACUUUCCUGGUUGUAGUUAGAUCUGCAAAAUAUUCAACUGAUUUCUCUCCAUCUGUCAUCGUUGUGUCUCGUUAUGUGAAGAGCUGCAGCUUCACUUUUGUACAGCACUAUAAACUCAGUAUUAUCCUUAGAAGAACUGAAUUGCUUUUGUUCCACGGAUUUAGAGUUUCUUUUGAGGUUUCAGUUUAGCUGCUCUGCAGGCAAUAAAUCCCUGAGAUGUUCAAAGUGACAGCAGAAUGCUUUCAUAAGCAUUCAUAAGAAAGUCAGGCCUCACUUUCUGUCCAGAGAAGAUGCAUCGCUCAAGCUCUUCAAAGCACAUCAGAUUGUCUUAGGAACAUUUCUGUUUACAGGCAAUUACACAAUUAUCUCUGUAUAUUUUUUUUUAAUGUGUGAUAUUUUGAAGAAAAGGUUUUCACUUUUUAUAUCUUUUGCCAAGAUACAGCUGACAACCACAAAGGAGAGAUUCAGGUUGGUGUCAGGUUGGAAAGACAAAGAGGCUGAUAGGAAUUCCUCACAGUGACUGUAAUAAAUGCUAGACUGGUCCCUCCAGAUAUUGUUCCUGUAUUGAAAAUAAAUCAUGAAAGGAGUGGAUGCUUAGUGAACACUUUUUUUCUAACAUCACAAAGUUGAAUGUAUCAGCUGCUUACAACUAAUUUGUAUCAGUACCUUAAAAGAGGGCAGAUUUUUGGCCCAGUGAACUUGAAUCUUUCAGGGAGGGCCAACUGUCAUCUAAAAUAAAACUUGGCAGUCAGUUUUGCUGUAUGCACAUGAGCAGGAAUUUACUUGUAUUCUGUUUGCAGUAAGAAAUAGCCUACACAUCAGAGGUACUGUAGUUUUGAAAACUCUUUCUUUGAGUCUCAGUAAGUGGUAGCUCUUCUGAGACAGAGCAAGUAAAGAAUGUGUUUCAGCAUCCUUGCAGUAGGAGUGAGGAGGGCAGUAGUUUAAGUGUUGUCUCCCAGGUAAGAUUGUAGUCACACUUGAAUGUUGAGAUCUGUAGGUGACCUAAGAAGAGCCUCAGCUUCUUUUUUUUUUUAAGUCAUACAAUUGUAGGUUGUCAGUCAGGUUCAGAUCUUUCCAGACUUCUUAUCUUUCUGUUCUGUUCUGAUGUGAAAUUACCAUGAACUUUGCCAGCACUCUACCGUGGAAAAACAAUGAAGCUAUUUUAAGUAAUGACACCUUUACCUUGCCAGGUGUCCAGGUCUGUAUUAAAGGAUAUCCUGGCAUAGUUAAACUGGUGUUGAGAACUUGCCUUUCUUUUAAUUCUUGUAGCAUUCUAACAUACCAACCUUAUUUCAGUUAGGCUUAAAUUAGGAGCCAAAUUAGCCUUAGUCCACCCGAGUGCACUUUAGCAGAGCUGUGAAACUUGACCAUGAGUCGACCUUGUGUGACUGUACAUCUGCAGAGUAACUGAUUCCCUAUAAUUUAUUUUUGAUUGAACAAAAAGGAGUCUGUAGACAAAGGCUGCAGAAGUAACAGUGUGUGCUUGUUUAUGUAUAGUGUCUGCAGUCAGUAGCAAAUUCAUACACUAAUAGGGGAUCUGAGUAGCUUAUUAAGAAGAGACACAGGGAGAAAGAAAGCAAGCUUCUUCUGUAUUGUGACUACUGUAUUGUGGGCAAAGCUGAGAGGCUCUGGGAGAUUGUUCAUCUUCUGUCUACCUUUCCUUGCUCUUCAGCUGCACAGGGUUCCAGGGAUGGACCCAUGUUUGAGUUCCUACUGUGUGUAGCUUCCAGGGGUGAUGCUCUGAAUGCGUUGGAGCCAUGUGAUCCCAUGCCAGUAGAAAUAUCCUCCUUCAGUGAAGAGGAGCAGGAUAGUUUCUUGGUGAUUUUGAGUUUGUUUUUCUAGCUUUAGUGGUAGUAAAGUGGAGAACACACCAUUUUCCUCAGUCUCCAUGACAGUGUGCUAACUUGGACUUAGGCGAGAUGAACUGAAACACAGCGUUUUGAUAAGUUGAAGCAUUUUGUGUAGGUGAAAUUGAGAUGUUUUGCUUUGUUUCCCUGUAGAAUUGGGAAGGGGGAUGCACAAAGCACGCACAGGAGUAGAAGUGGAUUUUUUCUGUGUAUCUGGAGGACGAGAAGGUUUCAGGAUUGACAUGCAGAGCUACACCCAUAUAAAUGUAUUUCUAGAUACGUGGUACAGUGCACUAGCAUCAUACUUAGUUGGUAGAAAUAAAGCACAUUUCAUGUGGGCUUCAAACAGCAGUUCUCUUGCACAACUAAGCUGAUACAGUAGAUUGUUGUUACUCAGGGGAAGGGAUCUCUUUUCUCACUACCUCCUCACAUACCCGUGGAUCUACUGCAUUUGCCUUGCUGUCUCUCUGGCUUGUCAGAUCCUGCAAGCCCAUUCAGUUGCUUAAACCAACCACACACAACUGUUUAGAUGAUGUUGAGUGAAGUUAGUGAGUCCACGUGUUAGGAGCAUGAGAAAUGAGCAGGAUUACUUUCUCUCCUGAAAUUGUACUGGGAACAACCGUAUGAAGUCACUUUUGGUGUCUAGUUCGACAUUACUGAUCUCUGAUGAAGAAAGAUUAAGAUGUUGGAUUUGUUGGCCUUUUCAUGCAUAGGAUUUUAGACACAUUUGCUGCAGGACUGUCUGUCAGUACAAAUCAUGCCCACUGCUGCCAUGAACCAAAGCAGAGACUGUUGCUUUUACCACCUAUUCCACAGCCCUCGCUCUGUUCCACGGAAAUUGACGAGAGUUUUGUUGUAGAUUGGAACAGAAAAUGUGAGGUUACCACCUCUAAAUGACACUACAGGAUGACAAAAGCCUUUUAAAGCUGUGACAGCUAGAAAAUGGUGAGUUUACAAAGAUUCUUAGGUGUAGGUGAGCUCCCAGUUGUUUGUUGGGGAUGGAUUUGUGCAGAAGCUGAGCUCAAAGCAGCAGCAUCUGGUCCCUGACUUUCAACAUUGUUCAUCCCCAGUACUUGAAAUGUGCCCUCUUUUUCUUCUUCCCCUUUCCUUCCCUUCACAACAUGCACUCACUUUAGUGGUUUUUUUAUAUUGUUGCAAUCCAAGCAGAAUUUAAAGUAUAUGGUUUGAUGAGUAUUUGUAACUUAGCACUGAGAAAAUGAACACCAACUUUGUUUUCUACUUCCCAUACUCACUUUUUCAGCUAUUUCUGUUCAAUACUGUGUUUUCGCUUCAAAGGCACUCUGAAUUUUCGAGGGAAGGCUUGAUCUGUGCAGUGUGUUUCGGUUUGUCCAACUAGACUAACAGAGUUGUAAGUUCAUUAUUGUUGCACUUUUAUUACACAAUAAAUUCCUUGCAGAUACUGUAAUAUAUUUUAAUAUGCUUUGUAAUCAUUUUUAGAAAAGUGGUGAUAAAAAUCGCUGAUUUAAUAAACUAAUAUUGAACUACCUGA